GCAAAAAGGCAAGAGGCCCGCCUGGCGACGGCCAUCCUCUCUCUCCAGCAGCAGGGAUCCCGUGCUCGGAAAGUCCGUUCCCCUGUAAAACAAGGCGUGAGACGGGCGGGCGAGAACCGCCGUUCCAAGUUCGUAAAGAGCGUCUCUCUGAAACGGCAAGCCCUGUACGGGAAGAAUCGUGUGCAAGAAGCGAGAGAGAGUGGAGAAAGGAAGGUGGAAGGGACCGACGAAUGA